AUGCCCAAUCCUAUCAAAGCUUCUCAGAGAGAAAAAGAACUUGAUGCCGCGCGAUGUAAAGGAAACUGGGUUGCUAUACCUGAAUUAGCACGCAAAUAUCGUAAACAUAAUCCCGAUGGUAUAGUUCUUGAGCAAACUGCCUUGGCCGAAUUUUCUCUAGUGCUAGCUAUAGAACAAAUAGAACGACAAGAUGAUAUGGGUCCAUUGAUAUACGAUGACGAUAAGCCAGAUCAUAUUUCGAUAGGACCUGUGGUUGAUGCGUCGAUGGUGAACGACGUUUUUGAGAAACUUGAGAUUGCGACUGUUAAAUCAGAGGGAGAGGAAAAACAGUAUACGAAUAUUAUAUUAGGGCGUGCUUAUUUUUCAACCGGGGCAUAUGCAAAAUGUCUGGAAACUUUGCAAGCACCAUUUGUGCCGACAAAGUUACCUGCAGGAUACAACUUCGUGUUAAUUAUUCAGGGAAUAACAAUCAGAGGAAUGGCUUUAGAAGUGACAGAGGAUUUUAAAGGAGCAAUAGAAUGUUAUGAUAAAGUGACAGGAUUGUUAACGCAAAGAAGUGCCGAUCGAUCGGCGCAAUUAAUGGAUACAAGUGGUGCACUUCAUGCAUUCCGAACUUAUCAAGAAUACUCUGGAUUCUGGGACAAAUUUCGACUAAACAAGCGAGCAGUAAUUUAUCGGAAUUUUAUAGAGUUACUUUCAAAAACUUAUCAAGAAGGUACUUAUGUACCACCAAGUGCACCUGAAAUUCUCUCGUCAAAUGGUCAAUACACACCUAACACAUUUCGAGCUGAGCUGACUAGAUUGCACGGAUUAUAUGAGAGUGUGCUCUACCAAAUAACGUCAUUUCCAAAAGCCGGGGAAGUUAAUUGGCGUAUCUUGGACAUGGUGGAUCAAGUGAUGGCUGAUUGGGCAUUACUUGGUUGUAGAAAACCGUCAGAAAUGCGAGGACUAGUUGAGAUGCUUUACCGGGCAACGGAAAUGACUUUUCAUUCACCUCGAAUUCUGCGGCAUCUUAUCAACUCCUUGAUGAUAUUUGGCGAGUAUGAGGAAGCAGAGCUGGCACUAAAUGCCUAUAUCGCAUUGGUAGAAAAGGCAAAAGAAACACAGAAAGACGAUGUUGAAAGAAAGUCACAAGAGUCAGCAGGUUCAAUCGAAUCGAAAAGAGCUCAAGUCUCGGAAAACGAACUUUUGCCGGAAGUUGUGCAAACUUUGUUGACUGGUGUUAUUGUUACGGGGAAAUAUUUGAAUAAUGCAACACUAGAGCUUGCAGAAAAAGCAAGAGCAUUGUGCGAAGAUGAUGAAAGUGAGUCUAUUGAUGAUGAGCUAUUCGCUCAAUCUUGGAGAUGCUUGGGUGUGGCUUACAGUUUAUUGGCUUUUGAAGCAAGUGACCCAGAAGUUCGACCAGAUCUUCACGAAAAAGCUAUAUCUGCACUCAAUAAAUCAAUAUCAUUGGACUCGGAAUGCGUAGAAUCAUACUACCAAUUAGCACUCGAAUACGCUGUAAUACGAAAAACCUCACAAGCAAUCGAAAACACUCGUCAAGCACUUGUUCUCGAUAACUCAAAUAUCCCAAGCUGGCAUCUUUUAGCCCUACUAUUUUCUUCACAAAAAGACAUUCAAGGGGCACUAAAAGCAUGCGAAGUAGCCACUAAAGAAUCCGAUUGGGAAACAACAGACUCGUCGGUUGACUAUGGGGCAUUGACCGCGAUUGGAACUGAAGAUGGUGAAGAAUUUUUUGCUUUCAAAAUGACGCAGCGUGCGUUACUAGAAUUGAUGCAUGGACCUGAGGCUGUUAUUUUGCAUCAUCAGGGACUUUUCAAACUAUAUGGCAAGAUAUUCCCAGAGAAUACUUUUUCGCCCACUGGCUCCAUUUAUGAGAGUGCUAGUCUACGUAAACGAGACAAUGAGGAUGCUUUGAGUGCACAAGCGACAAGAUCACUGUCUGCCGAAAAUUCACGGAGUUUUUCAAAUCUGCGAACAAAAGAUAAUAAUAGUCCAGAAGGAUCGAUUCAUAGUGUAGGAAUUAAAGACAUGUUGGAUGUCCCUAAAGCAAAUUAUGCAGUUUCUGUUGCUUCUUCGAAAAAUUCAAAUUCUUCUGCAAUAAGGCGUAGUCCGACUCCAACGAUCAGUGGCAUCGCGUCAAUGAAAUCAAUUCCUGCCUCCACAGCCCAUUCUUCACAACCUCCAAGUAUUCGACAACGUCGUGCGAAUAAAGCAUUAUCGGAAUUAUGGCUUGCUUCUGCGGCUGCAUAUCGGCGACUCGGUAAUUUUGAAGAAGUACAAAAGGCGAUUGAAUCUGCUGAAGAGAUUGAUGGGACUAAUCCCGAUCUAUGGUGUCAACUUGGUCUAUUUCACUUUGCUCAAUCCCAAUAUUCUACCGCGAUAACUUUGUUUCAGAAAGCGUUAUCACUUGAUGCUUUUCACGUACCAAGUUUAGUUCAUCUAGGACGAACAUAUUUAUUGACUGGCGAGAUAGAAUUAGCAGAAGGUCUUUUAGAGAGCGCAACAAAAGGACGAGGAUGGGAUUGCGCUGAAGCCUGGCAAGUUUUUCCUCGACUCGAAGCCUGUGCGGCCGUUCAGUGUGUUACCGCGGUGUCUUCAAUCGAGCGAUCAAUUUCCAAAAAAGUAUCUCACCUAAUGAAUUUUUCGGUGCGCGAUUAUAUUAAUAGUUUUGGUAUGUGA